AUGUCUCUAGACUCUAGUAGCAUAGGAUCUGGCGACCCGGACAUGAUUCUCAUCGGUGAACUACUAGAGGAAAUCUCUGGCAAUCCUCCGGCCAUUGCAGCGAGGAAACUUCUCGUCGAACACUACUUCUCGGUUGGCUGGCACGACGCUGCAUUGGAAAAUGCGAAAGAGCUAAAAGAACUGGCUCCCAAGGACUCCGAUGUUAUCAAAUCACUGAAAAUUCUCGAAAAGAAAGCUCCUCAACCACCUGCUUCUGAAGAACCCAAGAAGCUGGUGUCCCUGACGUCAAAUCCUUCAGCAAAACAAUUAGAGUGGGAUCCUAAAUCGGCCACGUACAAGACUGUUACCCAACCAAAAGGCUCGAAACAGUCCAGUGAUCCAACGCCCCCAGCAAAUAUUGACCUAGAUACUGCAAAGAAAGAUCUGGUCGAGGGCUACGCUACUCUUCAGGCAAGAACUGCCUUUGUUUUUUCCAACCUCGUUCAUCUGCAGACAUUACAAAAGAAGGCCGGUGUAGCCCAGUCACAAAACAUAUCAAGAAUUGAAGUUCUCGCACAUGGAGGGAAACCAAACUCGAGUUUGAAAGCUGAACCUCCGAGCAGUGUCAGAUCUGUGGCACGCAAGGCCAAAGAUUAUCCUACAGAUGCUACUGAUAUUCUCGUGAUGGACCUAGAGCAUGCAAUGAAGUGGAUGCGAGCUUCCUAUGACAAGCAAUCAGAUGCCGAUAACGAUAACAUCCGAGAAUUCCUCGUAAAGCGCAAAAACAUGCUGGCCGAUGCCCUCCCGGACCAGCUUAAGAUACACUGUGAUCUGGCUUUGAUGCACAUGGAGCAUGAGCACCUGGGAAGGAAUUACGCAAAUACAGAAACCAUGCUCAUGGAUAGCGUCCGGGAUAUACCUAGAGAGAACUUCUACGUCACAGAGGACAAUUACGCUUGGGAUCUAUCAGAAUUAGUCGACGCAAUUAAAGCCAAUAGCGGUGUAUUACGCAACCCUCUCAGCAAAGAAAUGUUCACACCCCACGAUAUCAAGGGUAUCCUCAUGCACCCUCUCGGACGGCCAAUUAGUGCGCUUGCGGUUGCACAGCACGAGAUGUCGAAGGGUAUCCGCAUUGCGACUAUCGAAAAGAUGGAGGCGCUGGCUAAAAUCCUUCUGGAAGAUCAGUCCAGCGAAACACUGCCAAGUCGCGUAGCAGUCGAUGAAUUCCUGGCGUAUAUUGCAACGCUCCCUGAACUCGAACAAAAAGCAAUUGACGAGUUCAAAUGUCCGGCAAAGGAUUCACACACUGGGCAGUCUUACGACUUCAGUAUUGGAGAGAGCGUCCGGGAUGCCAAGGGCAAUCGGGUUUGUUUUCACAAGACGGGCGAUUUCAUUACGCAAGCUGCGGCAUACCUCAGACAGAAUACUGGUGUCGCUCCGGAUGAGGAGAAGUGUAUUGUCAUGUAG